AAAGACAGUGGCAGCAAGUAUAAAUUUUCAUGUAUAUUUGGCCCAAGGUUCACCGCUUUGCCUCGUUCCCGUUCUCCUCCUCGCAACUCUCUCGUCCAUACGUCGUAGCCGCCGCCUGUCUCUCACCGCCGACAUCCCGACAGCUCUCAGCCCAGAUCGAGCUUCCCCCUUCCCAAAUCGGGUUCUGCUUGGGCUCCCGCCACCGCCGCCCUACACCAGGUGCCAAGGCCUUCGCCGACCUCUUCGCCGGCGAAGAGCGCCCAGCAGAGAUGAAUGUAGCGGUGCCACCACAAUCUCCACAUCUUCGUCUAUAUGACUUUGCCAAGAGUGCCAUCAUCAAAAUUUUUGCCUUUCCUUAUGCUACGGUCUGUGACCUGUAUUGCGACGGUGGAAUGGAUACAGACAAGUGGUGUGAUGCCCAGGUUGGCCACUACAUAGGCAUCGAUGCCUCUGCAUCGGGUGUCAACUAUGCCCGUGAGCUAUGGGAGAACAGGAGGAAACCUUUCACUGCUGAAUUCAUCGAGUUGGAUCCUUCUGAUGAUGGUUUUGAAGCUCAAGUGCAGGAAAAGGGCAUCCAAGCAGAUAUGGUUUGCUGUAUGCAGCACUUGCAGUUAUGCUUUGAGAAUGAAGAACAGGCAAAGAAGCUUCUGAACAAUGUAUCAUCACUUCUCAAACCUGGAGGCUACUUCUUUGGCAUAACUCCAGAUUCAUCUACAAUAUGGACAAAAUAUCAAAAGAAUGUUGAGGCUUCACAUAAUAAGGGUUUGAAGACUGUUCCAAAUAGCAUUCGCUCAGAGAACUAUACCAUUACCUUUGAAGUCGAGGAAGAGAAGUUUCCCUUUUUUGGAAAGAAGUAUCAACUCAAAUUCGCGAGUGACGCGGUGUUUGAGAAUCAGUGCCUGGUCCACUUUCCCACCCUUAUGAGAUUAUCAAGGGAAGCUGGACUUGAAUAUGUGGAGAUCCAGAAUUUAACCGAGUUUUAUGAUGAUAACAGAACACAAUUCGCUCCAAUGCUUGGUGGUUACGGUGCAAGUUUUUUGGAUGCUCGAGGGAAGCUUGUUGCUCGUUCCUACGACAUUUUAGGCUUGUAUUCAGCAUUUGUGUUCCAGAAGCCUGAUCCAGAGGCAAUACCACCGAUUGUAACUCCCGACUUGCCUGAUCCUGAUAAAGGUCACGAAGAGCAGGAGUGGCUCCAGCCACAGCAGGCGUCAGUGGAAGAUGGGAGACGCUCGCAUGCGGAUGUGCUUCCCAUAGACCCUGAGAAAGGCAUCCUGGGUCCUGGACCUGCAGACAUGAGGCUUUAGUUGCUGGACAUUCAAAUGCAGCUGAGCCUGGGUAGUGAUUUUUUUUUCCACCGUGGGCAUUCUCCCAUAGUCCCAUGUGGCCAUGUCUCCUUUAUGAGUCCACGAAAAUAGCGAACAACACUACAAGGCUCAUGAAUCCUGCACGGACGCAUGGGCUUUCUUGUAAAACAAAUGCUCGAUACGUAUGACCUUGUACGGUCUUUGAUGUGUAUAUUUGACUGCUCAUACUCAGUACCAUUUUUUAAUUGCCUAAA